UCGGGUGUCACUGCUAUUUCUUCACGUUGCAGUAUUUACAUUCCCUUUCUCUUUGAAAGUGCUCUGUUUAUCUUAAAAAAGAUAAAAGAAGAACAGAAAAAAAUGGGAAGUGAUAGUGAAGCAGAAAGGUCGCAGCGGAAGGAGAAGGAGAGAAAGAAGAUGUUAGCUAUUGCUCCCAUUGCAAAGCCACUCGCUGGCAAAAAGCUCUGCAAGAAAACCCUCAAGCUCGUCCGAAAAGCUGCUGAGCACAAGUGUUUGAAGAGAGGAGUAAAGGAAGUGGUUAAAAGCAUUCGACGUGGUCAUAAAGGGUUAUGUGUUAUAGCCGGAAACAUAUCUCCUAUUGAUGUAAUAACUCAUGUUCCAAUCCUAUGUGAAGAGGCCGAUAUUCCCUAUAUUUAUGUUCCUUCAAAAGAAGAUCUUGCAACCGCAGGAGCUACCAAGAGACCAACAUGCUGUGUUUUGGUGCUAAUCAAGCCGCCCAAAGGCGAACUAGACCCUGCGGUACAAGAAAAGAUGAAGGCCGAAUAUAGCCAGAUAUUCGCAGAUAUAUCAGAGCUUACAUCCUCCCUUGUUUAAUAAACCAGAAAGGAAAAUGUUGCCUUUGUGAUAUAUACAUAAGUUUUGUCGAUGAGAUUCCAUCUUCUGCUUCUUCAGGCAAUGUGCUUUACUAAAGAACUACAAUUAGUACGUGGAAUAAAUAAUAAGGAUUCAAUUCCACCCGA